AGCCAAUCCAAAUCAACGUGCAAAAUGGCAGGCAAUCAAAGGCGCACGAAAGUGUCGGGUGCUAUGAAAUGGGAUGCUGCUACUGCAAAACAAACAUCUACAGGCCGGAAACCUCUUGGAGAACCUAUGUCUGUCCCACAAGUUCUUGUAAUGGUAGGACUGCACCUGUGCCGUCGUGUGGUGGUGGUUGAACCGCGUGUUAAAGUGCCCCUGUACCUUGGUGUAUUGCUGAUCGGGUCCGUGAUGUGCGACUUCUUCCCCAUUCCGCGUACUUACCUGUCGCGCAAGGACAACGUGUUUAAUACGUAUUUCGUCAAGGUCGCCUGGGGAUGGACACUCAUCACGGUGGGACUGUUCGUAGCCGUCUCAAGUUGGGUAUACUGUUGCGGUGAUCGCGCGCUUGUCAGGCGGCAUUUGAGUCGUCUCGCCGUCGGCACGGCUGCGUGGUUCUUGACGACGAAUUUUUUUGUAGUGUUUGAAACGUACACGGGCCGCUGUACUGUUGAUAAACACGGAACGAGGGAAGCAUGCUUCAGGGCUGGCCAGCGUUGGUUUGGAUUUGACAUUUCGGGCCAUGCGUUUCUGCUCAUUUUCUGCAACCUAAUGAUUGCCGAAGAAGCACGAAGUUUCUGUGGCUGGGAGAGGAUCGGAGACUUGCUUAGAAAUGCGAAGUACGAUGAUGACAGCCCUCUGAAGGAGCUGCCAGCCGAGCAGCUGCGCCUGCUGCAUGACGCGUACCCACGGCUGACGCCAUUUGUGCGCCUGCUGUUCGUGGCUUUGACGUACCUUUCGCUUCUCUGGGAUUUGAUGCUUGUGUGCACAGUGCUAUAUUUUCACAGCAUGGCCCAGAAAAUACUUGGUGGCGUAAUAGGCAUUGUGGAGUGGUACAUGCUGUAUCGCGUCUGGUACACUAUGACUUGGUCUCCGGGCCUUCCUGGAAAAGGACUUUUCAAGUAUCGUGACGUCCAAAGGAAGAAAACGCAAGGGUCUCGGAACUGAGCAGUUGUCUAGUGUUUACGCGUUGACUUACCCUCGUUACAUCAGGUGUGCCUCCAUCAACCGACAUCAUUGGUGACCGGUAUUUAGUAUCAAACCAUCUGGAAGUACGAGUAGGCUUGUGCAAGAAAGACAGUGAAAUGCACAACACGCGGAAGCCUGAAGCGGCCGUAGGUGUUACUGUGAUAAUUGGAAGCGUGUUGCAUUGCUACGUGGAAGUGCUUGUAUUUGUGCACACAUAUCUUGCAACAACGGAAAAAAACAAAACAAAAUUCAGUUCAACAGCUGGUCAACUUUCUCAGUGUUGUUGAACUUGCUUUUGAUGUUUUAAAAAGAAUAUGCUGUUUGUAUACACACCUAUUGACAAACAGGCACCCAUUACAGUACCUGUUUGUUAACUUGCCCGUGUACUUUUUGUGUGCGCUGUAGUUUAACAAUGACAGAAGUUGGUGCUUUAACAGCUGAAGUUUACAGAAGAUGUGUGUGCUUCUUUUCAUUCAUUGGCAGAUCCUUGGCCAUAGUGCCUUGCCUUGGAGAAUUCUGCUUCCAUCACUCAGGGCACCUAUCUGCUGCCUUAAAAAAUUCCGGGCACAAAUUCUCGCUAUGAGAAUAGGCAGUGAUAGAGAUGUAUAGAACAGUGGAUUUUAUGUGGAAGUCCUGGUUCUCUGAACUGAACUUAAUGCUGUCAUGUUAACUACAUCAUACUUGGAGCAGUGGUGUCAUUACUGGAUCAUAAUUUAAUGCUGUCUUUGCAAACUUGUGCUUAGUAUAAAAAAUGUAUGCAGCUUUCUCGUAACUCAGAGCGAGCAUUAGUAAUUGAGCAUUUGUUUUUACAUAAAUUGCAUUUCAUUUGGAGGCAGAAAAGUUUGACGUGUAAUUUAAGAAAAAAAUGCACAUCCAUUAAAAACUAACGUCUGUGGUGUCAUUCAAUGUUGUUAGUGCUGUGGCUCAAGCAGGAGACAGAUUGAAAAGGUAAGCAAUGCUUUCAAUUGUGAUUUUCUCCACGAUAAAGCCAUCUCAUUCUGUGAAACAGGUGCUCAUAUGGUUCUCAAUGUGAUGUACCCAUCAGCGCACUUCGAAAUAUAGAAUGACAAACCCUUUA